CCGGCCCCGCCGCUGCCCGCGCCGUCGCCCCAGCGCCCCGCCCGCCAGUACCGCAGUGCGCGGUGCGUCGCCUCGCGCCGUCAAUAGGUGGACCCCGCCUGGAGAGAUAAAACCGGGGCGCCGGCGCCGCCUGUCCCUCUGCUGAGACCGCGGCUCCGGACCGAGCCGGAGCAAACCCAAGUGGUGCCAGCCCCUCCCCACAGGUGGGCAGGAUGGGCAAGGAGAAAACCCACAUCAAUAUCGUGGUCAUCGGCCAUGUGGACUCAGGCAAAUCCACCACGACGGGCCACCUCAUCUACAAAUGUGGGGGCAUUGACAAGAGAACCAUCGAGAAGUUUGAGAAGGAGGCAGCCGAGAUGGGCAAGGGCUCCUUCAAGUACGCCUGGGUGCUGGACAAGCUGAAGGCGGAACGGGAGCGCGGAAUCACCAUUGACAUCUCCCUCUGGAAAUUUGAGACCACCAAGUACUACAUCACCAUCAUUGAUGCUCCUGGCCACCGAGACUUCAUCAAAAACAUGAUCACCGGCACCUCGCAGGCCGACUGCGCUGUGUUGAUCGUGGCAGCCGGUGUGGGAGAGUUUGAGGCGGGCAUCUCCAAGAACGGGCAGACGCGGGAGCACGCACUGCUGGCCUACACGCUGGGCGUGAAGCAGCUCAUUGUGGGGGUGAACAAGAUGGACUCCACGGAGCCCAGCUACAGCGAGAAACGCUAUGAUGAGAUCGUCAAGGAGGUCAGCGCCUACAUCAAGAAGAUCGGCUACAACCCCGCCACGGUGCCCUUCGUCCCCAUCUCGGGCUGGCACGGGGACAACAUGCUGGAACCCUCACCCAACAUGCCAUGGUUCAAAGGCUGGAAGGUGGAGCGCAAAGAGGGCAAUGCCAGUGGCGUGUCCCUGCUGGAAGCGCUGGACACCAUCCUGCCCCCCACACGCCCCACGGACAAGCCCCUCCGUCUGCCGCUGCAGGACGUGUACAAGAUUGGCGGCAUUGGCACUGUGCCAGUGGGCCGUGUGGAGACGGGCAUCCUGCGGCCUGGCAUGGUGGUCACCUUUGCACCUGUCAACAUCACUACUGAGGUGAAGUCAGUGGAGAUGCACCACGAGGCGCUGAGUGAAGCCUUGCCCGGAGACAACGUGGGCUUCAAUGUGAAGAAUGUGUCUGUGAAGGACAUUCGCCGAGGGAAUGUCUGCGGUGACAGCAAGGCUGACCCACCCCAAGAGGCUGCCCAGUUCACCUCUCAGGUCAUCAUCCUGAACCACCCGGGGCAGAUCAGUGCUGGCUACUCGCCAGUCAUCGACUGCCACACGGCUCACAUCGCCUGCAAGUUUGCUGAGCUGAAGGAGAAGAUUGACCGGCGCUCUGGCAAGAAGCUGGAGGACAACCCCAAAUCUCUCAAGUCUGGCGAUGCUGCCAUUGUGGAGAUGGUGCCUGGGAAGCCCAUGUGUGUGGAGAGUUUCUCACAAUACCCACCGCUCGGUCGCUUCGCCGUGCGCGACAUGCGGCAGACGGUGGCCGUGGGCGUCAUCAAGAACGUGGAGAAGAAGAGCGGCGGUGCCGGCAAGGUCACCAAGUCGGCGCAGAAGGCGCAGAAGGCGGGCAAGUGAAGCGCGUGCGCCCGCGGCGCACCCCACCCCGGCGGCGCCGCGCCCCGUCCCCCGCCCCGCGCCCCGCCCGCCCGCCAGGCGCAUGUCUGCACGUCCGCUUGCAGGAGGCUCUCGGUCAGCGACUGGAUGCUCGCCAUCAAGGUCCAGUGGAAGUUCUUCAAAAGGAAAAGCGCCUCCCGCCCCGGCUUCCGCGUCCGGCCCCCCACGCGCUCAGCGUCCCUUGUACCAAUAAACUGAGCGCCCAGA